AUGUUGUUCGAAGCUGCACAACAUGCAAACGACUGUGAGAACAAGUCACCAUCAUCCCAUGAGGCUUCACACGCGCAAGCACAGGAACAACCUCCCGGGCCACCCACUUGCGGGAGGCGCCGGUCGGGGGUGGCUUUAAUAUCGCGAUUGUCAUUCUGGAAUAGGAAAAGGGGAGAGGGGAGGCGUUCAAAGAAUCCCCCUCCCAGACUGGCCAGAGAGCCUUCAACUGAAUCUAUCGAAGCACGCGAAUCGCCGCAACCAGUGUCUAAUCCACCCUCGAAGAUAGCGCGUCCCCCAGAUGCGAUUGUAUCCCCCGGACGACUUGCAGGCGGGGGUUCGCCAAAGUUAGACCCUAGGAAGAGCUCUACGUCCCCUUUACCUUUAAGCGUGUCCCUGCCGUUGCCUCGCACUCCAAAGCGUAUCAUUGUUUGUUGUGAUGGGACUUGGUUGGACGGAAAGUCCGAAACACGUCGUUGGAGAUACUCUAACGUGUUGAAGCUUUCACGAAGCAUCAGCCACGAAGACAGGAGGCACGGGAAGCAUAUACCUCAGAUCGUGUUCUAUCAGUCUGGACUGGGAACCGUACCCAACGUGCUUGAUCGUUUGAUCGAUGGCGCUUUUGGAUCCCAUUUAGCCGAGAAGGUGCAGGACGCAUACGCAUUCAUAGCACAAAAUUACUGCGCUGGCGACGAGAUAUUCUUGUUCGGCUUUUCACGGGGAGCGUAUACUGCCCGAAUGGUUGCAAUGUUCAUCGGCGAAAUAGGGGUUUUGGAUCGGGGCGAAAUGGACCAUUUCGCUGAAAUCUUCAUUUCUUAUCAGAAGAGGGGCAAGACGGACGAUCCGAAACAAGGAGCCGAGUAUGAUGACAUUCUAAAACCAUUCCAAUCAGGAGGGCUUGCGAAGGUCGGCGAAAAGCCUUUUUCUAUCAAAGUGAUGGGAGUAUUUGAUACCGUCGGCGCGCUCGGUUUACCUGUGGAAUUCGGAACCCACGCCAAGAUCAGGGGACUCUUUGAUUUCCCCGAUAAAAUCCUCGGCCACCAUAUUGAAAGGGCCUAUCACGCCAUGGCGCUCAAUGAGGAAAGAGCGAAUUUUGACGUUACCAAAUUUCACCAGACAGAACGGGGGCGUGCCAAGAAACAGGUCUUGAAGCAAUACUGGUUUACUGGGAGCCAUAGCGACGUUGGCGGAGGCUACGAAGACCACGAUUUGUCAGACAUCGCACUUUUCUGGAUGAUUGCACAAGUCGAAGACACGCUCGCACUAGACAGCAAAUAUGUGAAAUCACUGCCUCGUCCUGUGGGGUCAUGGGCCACCCAGCCACCACGCCGCUCGAAUCGGGGGGUUUUUGCACUUGGAAAGGCAGCGAAACGACAAAUCACUAUUGACCAUGACACCAGAGAACGGAUACAUGCGAGUGUGGUUCAUCAGGAACAACUCACUCCACAUGUUUCGGAAGUUCUGCGGACCUGGCCUCAUUUACUCGAUAACGAGCUCCUUCCACUUGAGCUUGAGCUCAGGGAUUUGUGGAACAACGCUCGUCCCGAUAGCAAACCUGAUAGUCAAACGGUGACGACGGAUAACGAAAGCAAAACACAAGUUGCGUACAUGAUGCAGGAAACCUCUGAAAGAAUCAUACAAGAAACACGGGCAGUGACGGUUGCUGCUGCGUUUGUGUCAGAGCAUAAAGGGCACGGGGAGGAAGUGCUAAAUAGUUUUCAUCCUACCGAGCGCCAUCCGCAUUACAGGGAGAGUUUGAUGGCGGACGUCUACGAUGAGUUGGAGCUAUAGUUUAUGGUUUAAUGCUGUUGGUAGCGCCGCGCCUGUACACUAAUGUCCACAAGGUAAUGAUACAGAUCCCAAUGUGCAGCAAGGAAUACGU